AGGUUCUCCUGCAGAGGUGGAGCAACGCUCAGAAGCUGACGAUCUGAUUGGUCGGCGCACGUCGGUUGGCAAAGUUAUCACGUGAUGCGAGCUGUAGAAUCAAAACAAAACUCAGUUGUGUGGUAACUACCCGAAAUCUUGUCCUUUCUAAACGCAUACUGACAGAUUAGAAUCGCCAUAUUAUCGAAGUGAUCUCGUGAUCAACUGCACGGAGUACCAGCGCCGAGUCACACAGGAAACCAGCGGGAAUUUGUCAUCAUUUACUAGUCACCUUGGAGUUUCCUGGGAAUCAGACGCCUUUGCGGAGGGCCGGCCCCCUGUGGCCAGGCGUCAUGGUUGAACUGGGAGGAGGACAGCAAGGGCCUCCUCGGUCGCAACACUCCCUGGAGUCGUUGGGCUUGCGUCUAGCCGAUGUGGAAGGCGCUGACCAGUGGCUUUCCAUGGAGCACUUCAGCUUCGACGGCACCGAAGAGGCCCCGGUAUCCAACUUUGUCAGCCAGGAAACGGAAAAGAGCAACGAGGCUGCUCCUCCGGCCGAUUUUCCAGAAGCGUACGGACUCUGGGAGAUGGAUUCGGACGACCCUUACGUCGCUCAACGCACCACGAGCCCUGCUUCCAUGUGGAGCGCCGACCUGGACAAGCUCGACGCUAUGCUCCAGGGCGACAAGCCCGAAAGCCUCAAGGAUCCGACGCUGGCCGAACUGAACGCGCACGAAGAAUCCGGACUAGACGCGCUUGACGUCAACGAACUGCUGGCCGCAGAUCCCGCGCUCAGCUGCGCUUUCGCGGCGCCGCCGUGGGGCGUUCCGCAGUUAACGGAACUUCUGGCAGGCCGGCAGCCGAUGGCGUGCAGCUUGCCCGUCGUUCCCGUUCCGGUAGCGAAAACGACGACGACGACGAACGUAGAGACGAGCGACCGGCUCUCUAGCUCGGCUCCCGCUGGAGAAGGGCCCUGGGCGGACCGCAACACGGAUCCCUCUCUAGACGAAGGAUUCAGCAGCCAGGACUCGGAUGACGGUCUGACUUCGGAUUCGCACGCGAGCGACGAAGAGCCAGCGUCGCCCCAGGAAGGCACCAAGAAAAAGAAGAGGUACUUCUGGCAGUACAACGUCCAAGCCAAAGGUCCGAAGGGACCGCGGUUGUCGGUGUCCAAGGAUGGCGGUGACCCGCACGUCUUACACGACGUCACGGAUCCCGUGUUCAGCCCCGAGUGUCACCUGGAAGGGGUCAAACACGCGGGCAAGGCGCGACGGGGUGACGGCAAUGACCUGACGCCGAACCCGCGCAAGCUGUACAGCAUUGGGCUGGAGCUCAAGAAGCUCGGACGAGUCAUCAACGAUCUGACGCCCGUCAGCGAGCUGCCGUUUAACGCGAGGCACAAGUCGCGCAAGGAAAAGAACAAGUUGGCUUCCAGGGCCUGCCGGCUGAAGAAAAAAGCCCAACACGAAGCCAACAAGCUCAAGCUGUACGGAUUGCAGCAGGAACACCGAAAAUUGCUGGCUGCCUUCACAGAAGCCAAGAGAUUCCUGCGCGAACGAGUGGAGAACGCCCAGGUGGGCAACCAGGAACCCCUGUCGCCCCAGUUUGAGGCCAUCAUCAAGAAGAUAGGUACUGAUCGAGUGCCCGUCAAGGUGGCCGGACACUCAACCGAGUUUGUCAACCGCGUGCUGAGCAGCAUCGCGUCGGGCAACACUGACGGGGGCCUCACGGACCUAUGAGGCGACGAUCGAUUGCGGUGGCCAUGCCAGCCCUGCGUGGGUAAACGAUGCUGUGAUAUGAAAGUGAGCUUGUCGCUUGGAACUUUUCUGGGGGAAAACUGUGCGCCGGGCUGGCACCGGUCUCAACCAUUGUUACGGGUGCUGUUCUUGCACGACUUGCUGUCAGCCUUUAUUGUUGUUACGGUUGUUGUUGUUGUCGCACACUCCAGUCACACCUCUUUGUUAGCUUUUUUAGUUGUGUUAGAACAAGUUUUAGCCUUUUAAGCCGCACGUUCGGGCCCGACCUCAUGAUUGAUUUUGACACCUGCGUGAGCCGUGUGUGUGACUGCGUAGCCCAAUGGGUAAUUAAGCUUAGCGAUUAGCGUGGUAGUGUUAGUGCUUAUGUACGUGUAUGUUAAGUUUCCAGUCAUAACUAGUUUGAGGAGCUGUGUAAAUACUGUGUAUAAACGUGUACAAAUAUAAAUAUAUAUAUUCUUGUAACUGUUCUAAACUUUGAGGUUCCAAAGCAUCGUCAGCAAAAAAAGAGUGAUGUACAAGCGCAUCAACUAGAAGUGCAUGCCUUUUGCCCCCCCCCUUCAAUUUCAUUCCCGUGACAAAUACUCUAGCCUAAGGAUGUGUGGUGACAUCUUUAAAUACAGCGUAGUACACUUUUUCUGUCGUUCUCGUUCUGCGACCGACUCUCUCAUCCAAGGCAGGGAAAGUCUGUACAAUGACCCCGGAUGUUUAGGGCACCUAUCUCUUUCUUUUUUCUUUUUCUUCAGAAGGAAUCAAAGUACUGACCUGAUUAAGACAUUGACUUCACAUUAAGGUGCUAAGAUGUUUUACGUGUCUCUGGUUUUGCCUUUUAGCAAUCGCUGUUUUGACAUUAGCCCCCCAAAUAUCUUCUCUAACACCUACUUUGGCACUGCCCAUUUCUCAAGCACUAAGAACUUGCGAGAUUUACCUAAUUUUUUUCUCUCCAAUAUUGCUUCGUUGAGGCGUAACGUUACCGCUAGCACCCUAAAGGUCCGAGGUCUACCCCAAUGAUGACUGCAGAGGCAUUUGUAUUUCUUGGGUUUUUUUGUUUUGUUUUUUUUUUGUUUUUUGAGUCACUACAAACACUAGUCAACUUGGAGAGUGCCUUUUCACACAUAGUAGAGCAGACCAAUCCUGUGUUGUUGUUGUUUUUUUUCUGUGUGGAAAAGUGUGCAUGGCAAAGGAUGCUGGUAUUAAUGGGUCAUUCCUUCACAAUGAGAUUCUAUGUCAGAAUAAUUGUUGUGGUCUAUGGAGGGAAUAUUUUUGCAGAGAGUUGUACGAAAAAGAAAAGAGAAA